UGCGCGAGGCCCUGCGCAGGCAGCCUCGGGGACCCGGAAGUGGCGCGCCGAGCCGAGGUCCUCGCCCAGCUGCCGCCGAGUCCGAGUCCCGGCUGAGGCGGCGGGAGCAGGAGAGUCCGAGUUCCGGCCGGGCCGCGUCCCGCCGCUAUGAGCGCGGCCGGGCUGGUGUCUCCCGCGCCCCCGGCCCCUGUCCCGGUGGGGCUGCCCCCCGCCGCGCUGCCCGCCGGCCCCGAGUACUACGAGGAGGAGGAGCUGGAGAGCGCCGAGGAGGAGGACGGCGAGCGCAGCGGCCGGGCCCGGGACUCCGACGAGGAUACUGAGGAUGCUAGUGAAACUGACUUGGCAAAGCAUGAUGAAGAGGACUAUGUAGAAAUGAAAGAACAGAUGUAUCAGGACAAACUGGCAUCUCUUAAGAGGCAGUUACAACAAUUGCAGGAAGGUACUUUGCAAGAAUAUCAAAAAAGAAUGAAAAAACUGGAUCAGCAAUACAAGGAACGGAUACGGAAUGCAGAACUUUUCCUCCAGUUGGAAACAGAGCAGGUGGAGAGAAAUUAUAUCAAAGAGAAGAAGGCAGCAGUGAAGGAGUUUGAAGAUAAGAAAAUUGAGUUGAAGGAAAAUCUGAUUGCUGAAUUAGAAGAGAAGAAGAAGAUGAUAGAGAAUGAAAAGCUAACCAUGGAGCUAACAGGAGAUUCCAUGGAAGUGAAACCUAUCAUGACGAGGAAAUUGAGAAGGAGGCCAAAUGACCCUGUUCCGAUCCCGGAUAAGAGGAGAAAACCUGCCCCUGCCCAGUUAAAUUAUCUGCUGACGGAUGAACAGAUAAUGGAGGAUCUUAGGACACUGAAUAAGCUUAAAUCACCCAAGAGACCAGCAUCUCCUUCAUCUCCAGAACACCUACCAGCCACACUUGCAGAGUCUCCGGCACAGCGGUUUGAAGCUCGGAUUGAAGAUGGCAAACUCUACUAUGAUAAAAGAUGGUACCACAAGAGCCAGGCUAUUUACCUGGAGUCAAAAGAGAACACUAAGAUCAGCUGUGUGAUCAGCUCUGUAGGAGCCAACGAGAUCUGGGUGAGGAAGACCAGUGACAGCACAAAAAUGAGGAUCUAUCUCGGACAGCUACAGCGAGGGGUUUUUGUGAUCCGUCGGCGAUCAGCUGCAUGACUGUCUGACUCUUCCUUGAUUUUUUUUCUUAAAAAAAGAACCCUCUUACAGGGAAUAGCAGUCUAUCCACCCAGCCAUAGCAACAGAGAUAGUGUUAUGGCCUCCUGAGAGACUGUUUGUGGCUGGCCACAUCAUCCCCAUAGUCCUUAAGUCUCUAGUGACAUUCAAGCACAGCCCUGGAGCGCUGGACUUCUGGACUUUGCCAUAAAGCUUCUCUGAACUUUUUUCAUAUUUCCGGAGACUAUAUUUAAGAAGACUCUGCAUCAUAUUUUCUCAUCUUUAUAUCUUUGUACCGUGAAGCGUGUGUGUACAUGGACAACACCAUAAGUUAAGUUUUGAAUUGUGGGGGAGCCCAGCUAUUUUCCUUGUUGAAAGCUAGCUCUGGUUUUUCUGCAAAGCUUAGGGUGCUGAGCAGGAGGAGACUCAUCCAACUAGCUUUCUCUGUAACAACAUGACAUCGGUUCUUUUGGAGGAGCUGUUGAAAGAUUUGCCCAUGCAAUGAGGAUUUUUUAGGAAAGUGUGAAAAGUGUUCUGGAAACCUGUAACGUGCUGAUGUUCCAGUUGAUUUUAACCUGGUUAAACACAGUCAUACUUGGUGAAUCCAAAGCUUCCUUUCUCUUCACAUUAAAAACCCUUCAGAUGAA